GUGCAGUGGCAGCACGACUGGCCAACAGGAGACUGCUUCCCCCAAGUUUGCUUCGCUCUGCAACUGGUAGCGAGGUGAUGUAAGCCGAGCUUAGCCAGACCCACUAGAAGGCUUUCAGGCUGGGGUGGACAGUUAUACGUGGGAAUGAAGGGGGAGGAAAAAACCCCCCUCAGGUGUUUUACACAUUAGGAGAAAUCACAGUCCAACUGAGCUAGCCUGGAACUGCACGCCAGUCCCUCUGCACCAGGAGACCUAGAACUGCAGACAGCCCUGUAGCAGCUUUGGUUAGCAGAUCCGCUCUGCUCAGCUCACACCUCUCCUCACCUCCCCGAGCUUGGAAACGUGUGCAUGGGUGUGAGAUUUUCCCCCUGUAGAAAUAUCUUCCUUCUCUGUGAGCACCACAUUCAAAUGCCUGCUAAAGCAGCAGCAGCCGCUCACAAUCAGGGAGACAGAAGGCUGGCAGAGCUCUCCUGCAUUUGCUUUGUUUCUCAUUUUUCAUCUGGAUUUAAUUGAUGGACCAGAGCCCUGCUGAAGCCAAAGGGGGGGAAGAUCUAGUUUCCUAACAGAAGGGAAAGGAAGUGUGUGCAUUGAGGUCUUUGCCACAGGCUGGCCAGGUUCAGGAUGGAUCCUCUCUUCCCUGCUCAUAUUUUGGAAGACCCUGAUCUGAGGAAACUGCUGAACGACUCCUCAAUGCUGAACCUGAGUUUUCCCAGUAACUGGUUUAACAACGGCACAGGGGACGGCUUCUUGCCACUGGGCAUCAAGAUCACCAUUGUGGUCGUCUACUCCAUCGUGUGCAUAGUGGGGCUGGUGGGCAACUGCUCGGUCAUGUAUGUUAUUGUCAGAUUCACCAAGAUGAAGACGGCCACCAACAUUUACAUCUUCAAUCUCGCCCUGGCCGAUACCCUGUGUCUGAUAACCUUACCCUUCCAGGGUACAGACACGUUCCUAGGGUUCUGGCCCUUUGGAAACAUCCUCUGCAAGAUCGCCAUCUCCAUUGACUACUACAACAUGUUCACCAGCACUUUCACCCUGACCAUGAUGAGCGUGGAUCGUUACAUCGCCAUCUGUCACCCCAUCAAGGCGCUGGAUAUCCGUACCCCCCACAAGGCCAAAGUGGUCAACAUCUGCAUCUGGGCCCUGGCUUCAGUCUUCGGUAUCCCAGCUAUGGUGAUGGGGUCAGCAGAGAAUGAAAAUAAUGAGAUUGAUUGUCUAAUUAAGCUCCCUAAACCUGUGGAUUACUGGGAUCCAGUAUUUGGGAUUUGUGUCUUUCUCUUCUCCUUCAUGAUCCCUGUGUUGAUCAUCACCAUUUGCUACAGUCUUAUGAUCCGGCGUCUUAAGAAUGUCCGUGUUCUCUCAGGCUCCAAGGAGAAGGAUCGGAAUCUGCGGCGCAUCACUCGAAUGGUCCUGGUGGUGGUUGCUGUCUUCAUUAUUUGUUGGACCCCCAUUCAGAUUUUCGUGCUGGUCCAGUGCCUGGGUGCAAAGGCCGAAAGCGAGCUCGAGUUAGCCAUCUCAUGCUUCUGUACUGCACUGGGAUAUGCCAACAGCAGCUUGAAUCCUGUCCUCUAUGCCUUCUUGGAUGAGAACUUCAAGACGUGCUUCAGAAAGUUCUGCUUCCCCACCGCCUUCAGAACAGAGCUCCAGAUGUCCAACAGGAUGUGCAGCAUCGCAAAAGAUGUCGUUUAUGCCUGCAAGAACUCAGAGGGGACUAACAAUCCAGCAUGACUAGGCAUGGAAAUUCCCAUGGUGGCUGUCAGCCAGCAGAGCCCAACGACCCCCACUUCAGAGCUAACUCAGAUAACAGCUCUUUAACAGGAGCUUUCUGACCCAGAAUUGGAGACUGGAAACCUAGGCAGCAAUCUGGGGGCAAGGCAAAUAAAAGAACUGCAAGAGCAUGCAGAAAAGUGAGCCAUUUUGACACCUUUCUUAUUCCACUGCUCUCCCUAUGAAGUACUAUAUUUUAACUCAGCCACCAUUAAGUCCUAUGAGCCACUAAGGUCAUGCACUUUGCUUACGGUUCUAAAGAAUUCAGGAAUUAGAGUCGAACUCAGACUUUGCUCCUGAGGUUUAUUUUGCCAUUGUUUCUGGAAAGCAGACAAAAUGCUAAUAACUUUUCUUGCUUGAGUUAGUUCAGUGGCUCAUCAAAUAAUAUGGAUUGCCGUGUGCUUAUGUGGGAAUUUUAGGCCAGCCGCAUCUCUCUGAAAUGAGGCUUCAUUGGCUCCAAAGCAAGGGACAGCAGUGAAACAAAACAAAGAUCAUUUCCAGAAUUAUUUAUGACUGGUGUGUGUGUGUGUGUGAGCGGGCGCGCGUGCGGGAAUUCAGACACUCCAGCCAAGAAAGAAAGAAGACUAGACAGUGUCACUGCAUGGCUGGAUAUCUCAACUCAAAGCCACUGAAAGAGAAGUGGACAACUUCCAGUGAAGGAACAUACUAAAAUCAAACCGUGUGCCACAGAGGU